UACAAAAGAGACCUGUAGAGGGCGCGGUCAAUUUCCGGCGCGCCAAUUUCAAUAUUAUUUUGAAUCGUCAGAUUAUUCAAAAGGAAAAUAGCAACAACUACUUAAAUAUACAAUGGAUGAUAAGACAGUCGAGGAAUAUAUGAUGCAUUUGGAAGAAUGUCGAUUACAUAGUUUUAAAAACUGGCCAUACAGCGAGGAAUAUAACUGCACACCACAAAAGCUGGCUGAAGCCGGUUGGUACCAUUGUCCUACCAAUCAAGAGCCAGAUGCUGUUCGAUGUUUUGUCUGCCUUAAAGAACUGGAUGGCUGGGAGCCCAAUGAUGAUCCAUGGGAAGAGCACAAGAAACAUUCACCACAGUGUCCAUUGUUAAAGCUGAACAGCAAGGUUGAAGAUCUUACCGUGGAAAGCUAUCUCAGACUGGAAUCCAAGAGGCAAAAGAUUCGAGUGCAAAAAAUCCUUGAUGCAAGAAUAGAAGAAUAUCGAAAUGCAGCAAAGGAAAUACGUGAGGAAAUGGUGAAAAUAACCAGCAAAUAAGUGAUUCUGUGAGACAAGACCCUGUGACACUGAUCUGUAAUGAUGUGAAAGAGACAUCUGACCUAAUACUUUAUAUGCAAUUUUAUCCCACAAUCACUGUAUUCAUUGGCAAGAUAUGACGACUAGAUAAAUAUCUAUAUUUUCGGUCACUGACUAAAAAUAUAGGUCACGUGACUCGAGUAUUUCAGACUAGAUU